AUGGCCCUGCACUUGUAUAACACAUCCUCUGUUUUACAGUUUAAUGGCUACAAUCUGUCAUAUGAAAGUGUCAUCCCUGCGUUUCUUUUUGCAACCCUCAACUACAUGAUCAUACUUUUCUGUAACCUCACGCUGAUUCUCACCAUAGUGCUGAACAAAUCUCUGCACCAGCCGAUGCACCUCUUCCUGGUCAGCCUUCCUAUCAAUGACCUGAUYGGUUCUUCAGCCUUCUUCUCACAGCUCAUUAAGGAAAUACUGACAAACAGCCAGAUGAUUUUAUUUUCAUCGUGCGUCACGCAGGCUUUCUUCAUCCAUAUCUACGCAGCAGGUUCCGUCUUCAUCCUGACUGCUAUGGCGUAUGAUCGAUACGUGGCCAUAUGCAAACCUUUGCAUUACAGCACUGUCAUGACUAAAGCUCACAUCCUGAAAAUAAUCACAGCAGUGUGGUCAUCCUGUCUGGUUUCAAUAGGGCUGAUUUUUAUUCUUCUGUUGCGUUUGCGCUUCUGUCGAUCUGAAAUAACUCAGCCCUACUGUGACAACCCAAGUCUGUUGACACUGGUUUGUGAAGACACCACCAUAAAUAACAUUUAUGGUCUUUUUAUAAGUGCUUUUACACAAGUGGUAGCUAAUGCAACGGUUUUUUAUACAUACCUCCAGAUCCUCCUUGCGUGUUUCAGAACCAAGCGGUCCGACACCAAAGCAAAAGCUCUGCAGACGUGUGGUACGCAUCUGUUUGUGUUUCUGCUGUUUGAGUGUUUAGGCCUUUUUACCAUCAUAUCGUACAGACUGAAGAAUGUUUCUCCACAUUUAAGACGAUUCAUGGGGGUGUCGACAUUGAUCUUCCCCCCAACAUUAAAUCCACUCAUCUAUGGACUGAAAACCAAAGAAAUUCGUGAAAAAGUUUUGACCUUUUUUAGAAAAAAAGUGCUUCUGCCUCAAUGCACCGUCUCCUAA